AUGGUUGGAUCAGCAGGCAGAGCGAUAGGGAUUGAUUUAGGAACAACAUAUUCAUGUGUUGGUGUAUGGCAAGAUGGUCGUGUUGAGAUUAUCCCUAAUGAUCAAGGAAAUAGAACUACUCCUUCUUAUGUUGGUUUUACUGAUACUCACCGUUUCGUCGGUGAUGCUGCAAAGAAUCAAGUUACUAUGAACCCUAUUAACACUGUUUUCGAUGCGAAACGUUUAAUAGGUAGAAAAAUCAAUGAUACCUCUGUUCAGAGUGAUAUCAAACUAUGGCCUUUCAAAGUGGUUGGUGGAGCAGACAACAGACCAAUGAUUCAAGUCAAGUACAAGGGUAAGGAUAAAACGUUAUCAGCUGAGGAGAUUUCAUCCAUGGUUCUUACUAAGAUGAGAGAAACAGCGGAAGCUUAUCUUGGCUCAACUGUUAAGGAUGCUGUUAUCACAGUCCCGGCCUACUUUAAUGAUUCGCAGCGUCAAGCUACUAAAGAUGCUGGUAUAAUUGCUGGCCUUAAUGUACUGCGAAUCAUCAAUGAACCAACAGCGGCAGGAAUUGCUUACGGUCUUGAUAAGAAGGAUACCACUAUUAAGAAUCCAGAGGCGACCAUUGUUGUUGGAGAGAACGUUCUUAUCUUUGAUCUUGGUGGUGGUACUUUUGAUGUUUCGAUACUCAACAUCAAAGAGGGUAUCUUUGAAGUCAAGGCCACAGCUGGAGAUACCCAUCUGGGAGGAGAGGAUUUCAAUAACAGAAUGGUCGAUCACUUUGUUCAAGAGUUUAAAAAGAAGCACAACAAGGACAUCAGUGGAAAUCCAAAGGCUCUUGGGAAGCUGAGAACAUCUUGUGAGAGGGCAAAGAGAAAUCUGUCGUCCACUACCCAAACAAUUAUUGAGAUUGAUUCAUUGUAUGAAGGUGUUGAUUUUCAUGCAUCUAUUACUCGUGCUCAAUUCGAAGAGUUGAACAUGGAUUUGUUCAAGAAAUGUAUGGAACCUGUUGAGCUGUGUUUGACGGAUGCUAAGAUAGACAAGAACAACAUUCACGAAAUUGUGCUCGUAGGUGGAUCUACCAGGAUUCUCAAGGUGCAGUCUCUAUUGCGGGAUUUCUUUGACGGUAAGGAACUCUGCAAGAACAUCAACCCUGAUGAAGCUGUGGCUCAUGGUGCUGCAGUGCAAGCUGCUAUUUUGAGUGGUGAGGGUAUCGAAAACAUGCAGGACUUUUCAUUGUUGGAUGUCACCCCUCUUUCACUUGGUAUCAAGACAAUUGGAGGUGUUAUGAGUGUGGUAGUCCCAAAGAACACGCCCAUUCCAACCAAGAAACAAAAGGGCUACACUACAAGCGAGGACGAUCAAACUAGAGUGAGGUUUUCGGUGUAUGAGGGUGAAAGAAUCAGUACUAGAGACAAUUACUUGUUGGGUGAAUUCUUGUUAAAUGGAGUUCUUCCAGCACCUCGUCGUGUUGCUAAGCUGACAGCAUAUUUUGAUAUUGAUGCUGACGGUAUUUCGACUGUGUCUGCCGAGGACGAGAAAUCUGGGAGCAAAAAUAUGAUUACGAUUACAAAUAACAAGGAAAGGUUGUCGUCCUCUGAGAUUCAGAGGUUGGUUCUAGAGGCUGAGGAAUACAAGUCAGAAGAUCAAAAACACAAAGAGUUGAGAAACUCCUUUGAGAUGUAUGCAUUAAAGAUGAGGAACAUGGUCGAUAAUAGCGGAGGGAUGCUAUCAUCAGAUGAGGAGAAGAAGAUUGAGAAUGCAGUCUACAAUGCCCUUCAGUGGUUGGAUAGCAAUGAAUUCAGCAAAAUAGACGACAUCAACAGCAACAUGAAGGCACUACAGAAGGUAUGCGACCCUAUUAUAGAUAAGCUGUAUCAGCCGGGUGGUAUUGAUAAUUUUCCUACAACAAUUCAGAAAAUCCGGAAUAUUUUGAGAUGUUUACCUUUCUUUUAA